UACUGGUUUAAGCCAAUGUGGCAUCGUUUUUUUAGUGACUAGCCAUCACUUGGGUGAUUUUCACUAUUUUUUCAUUUGGAGUAGAUCUUACCUUUAUUCUGCUGGCGAUUAAUAAAAAAAUUCUCCUGCCUUCGGAAAAAGGAAAAAGAAAAAGACUAAUGGAGCACGGAUGGGCCUCCCGGACGUCCGCUCACAAGCCCACUCGCUCAGCGAUCCUCAUUGUCAUCAUCUACUCGUGCCCGGUGGCUCCACCCACCAGAAACCACACCACCACUCCACCAGUCUGCCGAAUCCACCAACACCGACGUCUCGCCUCAGCUCCACCACCCAGGCCACCGCAAAUCCUCUCGAUCGGAUCCCCUCCCGUGAUUCCGCCCUUCGUCGGAGGCGGCAAGGCCAUCCGGCGAUGGCGUCGCCGGUCCGGUCGGUUGUCCCCCGCCUCGAGCCCGCGGCGUCGCCGCGGCAGCCGGCCGCCCUCACCGACGACCCCCUGGAGGAGAUCUUGCUCCGGGUCGACUCCUACGCCGACCUCGCCCGCGCCUACACCGCCUGCGUCUCCUUCCGCGGCCUCAUCGCCGACCCCAACUUCCUCCGCCGCUACCACUCCCGCCACCCGCCCCUCCUCCUCGGCUCCCUCGGCUGCACCAUACCCGUCGGCUUCCAGCCCGUGCAGGCGCCUCACCCCAAAGCUCCUGCCUCCCGCGCACUCGGCAGCGCCGCCGGCUUCUCCUUCGACUACCUCGCCAACAGCAGAGAUCAUGUGUGGGCUCCCAGCGACGUCUCCGACGGCCGUGUCCUCUUUUACGGCGUCCCUAACGAUGGGAACGACGAUUACGGCGAAUAUGUCUUCGUUCUUUGGGACCUCGCGGUGUGCGACCCCUUGUCCCGGCAAUACCUGCUGCUGCCAGUGCCGGUCAAGGGGCCCUACGGGUGAACUCGUCGCGCGGCGCUCCAGACUAUAUAUAAAUCUUAUAAUAUAUAUGCGUUAAUUUUUUUUCAAAACGAAAAUAAAUCCAGUGAUAUAUUUUUAAUUUAACAUGUUUGAUAAUUAUCGAGGAAUAAUAUAGACUAAAACUAAUAUGAUUACUUAUGUACAACACCUUUUUGAGAUUCAAUAAAUUGAUCUACUUUUUUCCGUUUUCUUUUCAAGCACCCGACAAAUAUUUCUUAGGUAACAAUAUAAGAUUCUAACACCUAAA